GGAGAAGAAAAGGUAACUUAAAUGAUGAAUAUGCGAAUGAGAAGAAAUUCAAUUUAUUCAUCAUCUGAGAAAAAAGUAUAAAAUAAAUUUCAAGAAAAAGGCAAUGAUUGAGUAGUAGAACAAGGCACAAAUCUCAGUGAACAUGGCAUUCAUGAUGUUUGCUUUGACUUUGCUUCUUGAUAACGUUCUCCCUUGAAUACUAUAAUCCCCCACGUUCAUGUUCACAUUCACAUUCAAGAUUCAGAUUUUUGCACAUCCCAUUAUUCUUUAGUGUAGAGGGGCGUAUUAUUUUCAAAAGGGAAAAGAAAAGGGAUUGACAGAAACAGCUAAGUUAGUGGUGCUCAUUCGCAUGCUUCAGUCCUCCUCAGAGGAUUGGUCCCAGACAGACAGUUUGGUGUAUUUCUCUCUCCAUUUUUUUGGCUUUGACGAUGUAUUCCAAGACUAUUACGAAGUCGCUGCCACGUUAGUUGCUCAUUUCUCUGCUCUCAUCCUCUACCGUAUCUUCCGCGCAAAGAGUUUCUGAUUUUUUUUCUUUGUCCUUUCUGAGAUUUCAAGAUUCCGACCUGUUAUUCAGUGGUGAAGUCUUCUUCCAUUGUGGGUUAUUUGAUAAUUGAUAUCUUGUUUCUAUUGCGCUGCAUUUGGUUUGGAGUUUCGGAUUUUGUAGUUAAUUGUUGAAUCUUGGCUCUACUGAUAUCAGUGUAGAAUAUUUUGGAGUGUUGAUGUCGGGUUGUAGUCGUUUAUGUCAUUUUCUUGAAAUUCUUGAUCUGGGGUUGGUUGGCAUUUGAUUUUUCUGUACUGGGUUGGGAUUGUUUCCUCUGGAACUGAUUGUUGAUGCCCCUUUUCAUGUUCUUGGUAGUUGGAGAACAUGUAUUACUGAGGAAGGAUUAUUGGGUUUCAUUUUAAGGGGUUUUGGAUAAUCUCAUCUGGGUGAAGGUAUAUUGUUAAGUAAAGACUGGAAAUUCAGUGUUAGAAUUUGCUGCAUUGCAAUGGGGAUGUUCUGGUCUUGAACUUGAGCGCAGAUUCCUUGAAAAAGGGAACUCUUCUGCGGGAAUUAUGUCUUCUUCAGGACCACUAUCUCCAAAUUCUUCGCCCAGUGGCAGUGCUGUCCCACCAGCUUCAUCGAAUGAUUCAACACCUCCUUCAGAGUCCAAUCCAAAUCAGACAACUGACUCACCACCACCUCCUCCUCCAUCUGCUUCCUCUGCCCCACCUCCUCAAUCCUCUCCACCACCUGAUCCUUCCGCUCCUCCGCCAUCGCCACCACAAGCUUCUCCACCAGAAGGAUCACCACCACCGCCACCACCACCGUCACCACCCUCAUCCCCGCCAUCACCCACACCACCUUCUUCGCCACCCUCACCUCCACCUUCGCCACCACCAUCAUCUCCACCAUCAUCGCCGCCAUUUCCUCCUGCUCCACCUCCCAACACCAAUUCACCUCCCCCACCUACUGGAUCGUCUCCACCACCAACGUUGCCGCCUCCCCCAACAUCACAGGGUUCUCCACCCAAAGAAUCCCCUGCUGCUCCUUUAGCACCACCCCCACCCCCUCCAGCUAUUUCACCCUCUCCUCCCCCUCCGGACCUAUCACCUCCUACAUCUAGUCCUCCACCUCCACACCCACCAAAGCAUUCUCAUCCACCACCCGCAUUGCCUCCCACUCCAAUUAGCUCCCCGCCUAUUCCACCAACUAGCAGUCCUCCUCCCCCUUCCACUGCGCCUCCUCCUCCUGUCCCUUCACCGCCUUUUCUAUAUCCUCCACUUCCCUCUAACAAUGCGUCCACAAAUGGCAGCCUUCCAGCCUCACCACUUCCAUCCCGGUCUACAGAGAAACCCACUGCAAGAUCAACACAAUCUAAUAUAACAUCAGAAGCAACGUCAAGGAAUUCGGGGGGUCUAAAAGCUGGAGGUGUAGCAGCUGUAGUCAGUGUUGUGGGCUUCUUGGCACUCACUCUUGUGGUUCUGGCUGUCUGGUUUACCCACAAAAGAAAGAAAAGAAGGAACAAGUUUACUCUCAACUAUACCAGGACCUCUCCAUUUGCAUCCUCCCAAAAUUCAGAUUCAUCAUUCCUAAGAUCCCAGUUCUCAUCUCAACUAGCUGGAAGUGCUUCCGCAAACAAUUACAUUUACUCACCAGACGGUGGCAUAGGCGCUUCAAGGUCAUGGUUCACGUAUCCAGAACUAUCUGCUGCCACAAAUGGGUUUUCAGCAAAUAAUAUUCUGGGUGAAGGUGGAUUUGGCUGUGUUUAUAAAGGAGUUUUGGUAGAUGGAAGAGAAGUUGCUGUAAAACAGUUAAAAGAUGGCGGUGGACAAGGAGAGCGUGAAUUCCGAGCAGAAGUUGAGAUCAUUAGCCGAAUACACCAUAGGCAUUUGGUAUCACUUGUUGGUUACUGUAUCUCUGAAAAGCAAAGGUUGCUCGUUUAUGAUUAUGUGCCCAAUAACACCCUGCAUUAUCAUCUUCAUGGUGAAGCCAAGACUGUAAUGGAUUGGGCCAGUCGAGUUAAGGUUGCAGCUGGUGCAGCUCGUGGACUUGCAUAUCUUCAUGAAGACUGUCAACCCCGUAUCAUUCACAGAGAUAUCAAAUCAACGAAUAUUCUCUUGGAUAACAACUUUGAAGCACGGGUUGCGGAUUUUGGGCUUGCAAAACUAGCACUAGAGUUGGAUUUACACACACACGUUUCAACCCGUGUGAUGGGAACCUUCGGGUACUUGGCUCCGGAGUAUGCGUCAACUGGUAAACUGACUGAGAAAUCUGAUGUUUUUUCAUUUGGUGUUGUGCUUUUGGAGCUCAUUACGGGUCGUAAACCUGUUGACUCAUCUCAACCACUAGGUGAUGAAAGCCUGGUUGAAUGGGCUCGACCAUUGCUCACCCAAGCACUCGAGAAAGAAGAUUUUGGAGAUCUGGUUGAUCCUAAGUUGGGAAGCAACUUUGUUCCAAAUGAAAUGUUCAGGAUGAUUGAAGCAGCCGCAGCUUGUGUGCGUCAUUUAGCUUCUAAAAGGCCACGAAUGAGUCAGGUAGUGAGAGCUUUAGAUUCAAUGGAUGAAUUAGCAGAUCUGAACAACGGUGUAAAACCUGGGCAGAGUGGGAUUUUCAGUUCAAGGGAACAUUCUGCCCAAAUCAGAAUGUUUCAGAGGAUGGCAUUUGGAAGUCAAGAUUACAGUUCAGAUUACUUUAACUCUCAAAGCAGCUUGAGGAGUUGAUGGAUUACUCCCUUGCACUUUGCAUCCGAUGGCGACGAGCUGAGCCUCGUAGUUCUUGUGAGUUUGAUGCUAUGGAUGCAGGCUGUUUUUCUCAAUUUUCCAAUUAAUUUUUUAGAGUUCCAUGUGGGAACUUUCCUUUGUAAGUACUACACUAUAUGCAUCUUUGUACAAUGAUUGUACUCAAUAUUUUUUUGGAUGUAAAUGGCCACCCAAGUUAGUUCAAUCUCAUCCUCAUUCUUUCUAUUA